AUGGAAGAGUUACCAACAGGUUUGAACAAGGCUGGUCUUGAAGCUCAUGUCGCUCAUGGCAACUAUGUUUUGAUGUUCUCUGGUGAAGCCUGCGGCGAUUGCAAGGCAAUCAAGCCACACAUGCCAGCUAUCAUCGAUGAAUUCAAGCAAUUCAAGUUCAUCCAUGUUGAGCGUGAUCCAAACAUUGCUUUAUUCCAGGAACUCGAUGUCUUCGGCAUCCCAUCAUUCCUUAUCUACAAGGAUGGCAAGGAAGCCGGCCGCUUUGUCUCUAGAGAUCGUAAGACAAAGCAGGAAGUCGAGAACUUCAUCAAGAAGUACAUCUAA